AUGUUUUACUCACAAAUGCUUCUGUCAAAGAAGGGGCCUUUAGGCACAGUUUGGUUUGCUGCUCAUUGUUUCAAAAGGCUUAAGAAAGAUCAAGUUAAGCAGACUGAUAUUUGUUCUUCUGUGGAUAAGAUUUUACUUGAUGAAGUUCCGGUGGUAACAUAUCGAAUAUUAGCCUAUCUUCUUCUGGGUGUUGUGAGAAUAUACUCAAAGAAAGUCGAGUAUCUGUUCCACGACUGCCAUGGUGUUGUGGCUAAACUCAGUAACUUUAAGGUUGGCAAAAGGAAAGGUGAAAGUAUUGGAGGUAUGUGUGCUUCUCAUUACUCCAUCACCUUUCCUAAGAGAUUUGAACUUGAUGCUUUUGACCUAGAAGUCAUGGAAGAUCAAGAUGCAAUCGAUGGAAAUGUGAGAUCUCGUGAAGACAUCAUGCUUGCUGACGAAUUGAGGAAGGAGGGCAACACAGUUGACCAACUUGACAGGGAUCAUCAUGAAGAGAAUAUUUCCUUUUCUGAAGCUUAUUCAUCUGCUUACACUCCAGUUAGAGAUGUGUACUGUCCUUAUCCUGUGGACAGACAAUUGGUUGUAAACCAAUCACAUAAUAUGAGCAACUCACUAGCAAGCAUGGAGAUAUUUCGUGGGACAGAAUUCUUUCUAGAAGAUCGUCUGGAUCCUAUGGUAUUGGAUGAGGCUGAAAAUGAACAAGGCCAUGAUAGACUAUCUGAUGAAGAGAAUGAGGUUGCGACAGAGAAGACAGAGCAUCCUAUGAGUAAAUCGAACUUACAAGAAAACGAACCACGUGAUCUUUCUAGGUCAUAUGAUAAAAAUAAGGCAGCUGAUGCAGAGCACAUGAGACUCCCAGAAAUUACUCUAUUAGAUAGCAGAAAAUGUCGGAUUAUAGAAGAGUAUUCAACAUCCAUUGCAGUUGAUGUAACUUCAGAUUCAAAGGAUCCUGGUGGCACUGCUACACCGGAGAUUAUGGUUAUUCACACUCCAGCUCCCAAGGAGCGUGCGAAAGUUCUGAAGAAGCGUAAGUGUUCGUUCGACGACAUCAUUGCAGUACCUAACAAGAUGUUCAAGCAAUGGAUAGAUGAUACAAGUAACUUAGUAUGUAAGAGAAAGAAUGCUCCUUGUACCAUUUUACAUACCUGGAGAGCUCAUAAACUUUCUAAUCUCCCUCAGACUUUCUUGGAUCCUCUGUUUCCCUGUAUCCCGUUAGAUCUUCGAUCUCUUGAAUGCAAAAAGAUAUUGCCAACUGAGCCAAUUGAAGCUGUGGAAAUAUUUGCAAGUCAAAAUGGAGCAGGAUCCUCUAUUACACCUAAAUCUCGAGAACAAACUCCAAUGGUUCCUGCAACUCCUGUAACUCAUUCAACCACACCGCAAGUGCAGGAGAGCAAAGGAGCAAGAUCCUCUAUUACACCCAAAUCUCGAGAACAAACUCCACUGGUUCCUGCAACUCCUGUAACUCAUUCAACCUCACCGAGAGUGCAGGAGAGCAAAGGAGUUUCUGACAUUGUGGAACCUUCAACCUCAAAUGAAAUCUCGAAGAAGGUGUCUUCUCUGAGUGAAGACCUAAAAUUGAAUGUUUCUUUAAUGAAUGAGGAAACAGAUUCAUCUGAAGAAACUGGCCAGGAAAAAAAUAUGCUUUCUGCAAGAACAAAAACGAUUGCAAGAUAUCUGUAUGGAAACUUUGUAAGAAGAAAGAUAUGCAGAGAGGAUGCUGUAGUGAAAUUGUCGCAGGUUCUCGAAGGAAAAACCAAGAAAGGAAGUGCGAGGCUAUUCUACGAAGUACUGGUUUUGAAAACUGGGAAAUGCAUAGAUGUGAGGCAGGACAAUCCAUAUGAUGAUAUAUUUCUGCUCGAAGCUCCUGUACUGAGGCAGUUGUUUGAACCUGAAGGAGUAGCACAGCUUUAG